CUCUGGGUCCCCGCAAACACAGCUUCCUCCGGCUGCCGGCGAGUCCCGUGUCCUGCGACCGGCCUGUCCCGCUGUGCCCGCGCCGCCGCCGCCGCCGCCGCCGCCGCUGCACAACGCGGGAGAAGCCGACGAGCCGGUGAUUGGAGCCCAGGGCGAGCGUGAGCACCCAGCUCUGCCCCAGGAGCCCAGGCCGCCCCGCCACCCCAGUUCCGGCUGCAGGAGAGGAGCCAUGAGCCACGUCCUGAACGGCCUCGUCCCCUUGGGGCUGGUGCUGCUGGUCUGCGGAGCCCAAGGCUUUUUCCUGCCCAACGUCACGCACUUAGAGAAACUGCUCAGCAAGUACCGGCAGGACGAGCCGCACUCGCGGGCCCGCAGGGCCAUCCCCAGGUCGGACCAGGAGGAGAUCCUCAUGCUGCACAACAAGCUGCGGGGCCAGGUGCACCCCCCGGCCUCCAACAUGGAGCACAUGACCUGGGAUGAAGACCUGGCGAGGUCGGCGGCGGCGUGGGCCCACGAGUGCAUCUGGGAGCACGGGCCCACCAGCCUGCUGGUGGCCAUCGGGCAGAACCUGGCCGUCCACUGGGGCAGGUAUCGCUCUCCCGGGUUCCAUGUGCAGUCCUGGUAUGACGAGGUGAAGGACUACACCUACCCCUACCCCCACGAGUGCAACCCCUGGUGCCCAGAGCGGUGCUCGGGGGCCAUGUGCACCCACUACACACAGAUAGUGUGGGCCACCACCAACAGGGUCGGCUGCGCCGUGCACACCUGCCCGAGGAUGAACGUCUGGGGAGACCUCUGGGAGAACGCCGUCUACCUCGUCUGCAACUACUCUCCGAAGGGGAACUGGAUUGGAGAGGCCCCGUACAAAACCGGCCGGCCCUGCUCCCAGUGCCCGCCCAGCUACGGAGGUGGCUGCAAGAACAACUUGUGUUACCGAGAAGGGACUUACGUCCAAAAACCUGAAACAGACGAGAUGAACGAGGUGGAGACAGCGCCCGUGACUGAAGGGAAACACGACUGGGUUCAGCCGAGGGUGGUCAGACCCAAGAAAACGUCCACCGUGAGCUACAUGACCCAAGUUGUCAGGUGUGACACCAAGAUGAAGGACAAGUGCAAGGGAUCCACAUGCAACAGGUACCAGUGCCCAGCAGGCUGCCUGAGCAACAAGGCGAAGGUCUUCGGAACGCUCUUUUAUGAAAGUUCGUCCAGCAUAUGCCGGGCCGCCAUUCACUACGGGAUCCUGGACAACAAAGGAGGCCUGGUGGACAUCACCAGGAACGGGCGGGUCCCCUUUUUCGUCAAGUCUGAGAGAAAUGGCAUGGAGUCUUUGAGCAAAUACAAGGCAUCCAGCUCAUUCACGGUGUCGAAAGUGAAAGUGCAAGACCUGGACUGCUACACCACCGUCGCUCAGCUCUGCCCAUUUGAGAAGCCAGGGACCCACUGCCCAAGGGUUCGUUGUCCGGCGCACUGCAAAGACGAGCCGUCCUACUGGGCUCCUGUGUUUGGCACCAACAUCUACGCAGACACCUCGAGCAUCUGUAAGACGGCCGUGCACGCGGGAGUCAUCAGGGACGACAGCGGGGGCUUCGUGGACGUGAUGCCCGUCGAUAAAAAGAAGACGUACGUGGGCUCGCUCAGGAACGGGGUCCAGUCUGAAAGCUUGGAGACGGCUCGGGACGGAAAGGCCUUCCGGAUCUUUGCUGUCAGGCCGUGAACUUGCAGUGCCGGGGAGAAGGGGGUCUUCCAGAGGGCUUCUGGGUUUUGCUUCUUGUUUUUAUUUUAUCAUUUGGGGGUGGGCUGGGGAUAUGGAGUGGCAGGAAACUUCCCUUGAGUGGUGUUCAAUGUCACGUCCUUCGCGCCUUUAUGUCAUCUCUGUGCCGUGGAGAAACCGCGUCCUCUGGGGCCCGGCCGGCACCUGGUCACUGGUCCUGCCGAGGCCUGGCGGCCUCCGUCUGCUGCCCCCUCUGCACAGACAGUCACUCAAGAUCCUCCUCGUGUAGCCUCAUGGGGAGCGAGGAUUCCAAACCCGCGGAGAGAGCACCAGACUUGGGGAUCCCAGGUUGAGGCCUUCAGGGGUGCAGGAGGAGGCAGGCUGAGCACACGCAAGGGGAGUUUCAGGAAUGGGGUAGAAGGUAGUUAUUUAAAAAAAAAAAAAAGUAAAACACAGUCCGUUCAGAUCAAUGGAGAAAAAUGAGUUUAAUGUUUGCUGGUCAGACAAAUGGGCCAGAACAGGGGGCUGGGGAAGCGAGACUCAGGCUCCGCCCUGGCAACUGUCCUGGCUGGCGUCCUGCCGCGGGCAGGCUGAUUCUAUAAACAGCAGUGCUGGUUUAUUUAGAGUUCAGUAGUAACUCCAGAGAUUUAUCUCGUCUUUGUCCUUCCCUUCGUCCAUGUGGCCGUCUGCUGUCGUGACGUUUGGUCUCGUUGAGGACUAAUGAACCAGGACCCCUUCUUUACCCCCUACCCGUUGUGGCUCACACGCCAGCCCAGACUAGCUUCUGUGUCAUAGUUCACACCGGGGUAUUUGCUUUGCAAGCGAUUCUGUUUGAAGCCCACUUUAAAAAACACACAAAACACUCCUAGUCUCUGUUGGUUUCACCGAGACAUCGAAGAACGGCCAAAGAAGGGGUGUUUGGUUGCUGCUUUUAAAAAGCGACAAUUAAAUGUGCAGAUGCUCCUCCUGUCAGAUGACCUGUUUUUUAGCCGUGAGAGGAACGGGUUCCUUAGUACCUUGUUCGCCGGGGCUAGCAGCUCUGGGAAGAGGAACAGCCUGUGGUUAUGAAAUGGUCCUGCGGCAUAAUAACCACAAGAGAGAGGAACACUCUAGAAGGAUUCCUCUUCCUGUUUGUGUGGAACAACUCUUGCCAAAUGUUCCUGCGACUCCGAGGAGUGUGGUGCUCUCUGGCUUCCUUCACUUUAUAAAAGUUCUUCACCGGCCCAGACCAAAACCCACAGUGAAAUAAAAUACCCUUUUGUAAAUAGUGUUUCUUUACCGAAGGUAAAAUUCCACCCUCCAGCAUCAGGCUGGCCAGUAGAUCACUUUUGUGAGCACCAGUUUUCAAAUUUGAUUUCACUCGCCAUCAAAAUAUCUCAAAGGCAAAGGAAUCACCAGGAAAAAAAACAAAACCAAA